UUCUUUAGACACGUAUAAUUUAAAUGUUCUGCUAACGAAAAAUUGCAUUAAUUCUUAUUCAGAAAAGAUGGUCGGCAGAAAAUUGCAUUAAAUAUGGAUAAAGACUACUCAUUCAGUAGCAGAGCCAGUAACUAACUAGAACGUUUUUAUUUUCUAGUUUCUUUAUUUGAACUAGGUUUUUAGGUAUUCGUGGAAACACUGUCAGCACAUAAACUUUAAUACUCUUAAGUAAAUAACUAAAACAGAUUAAAAAAGCGAUGUAUAAUGGUGACUGCAUACCAAUAAAAGAUAUUAAACCCGGCCUUAAAAAUAUUAACGUAAUUUUUAUUGUACUGGAAAUUGGCACAACAACUGUAACCAAAGAGAAUCGCGAAGUGCGAAAUUUUAAGGUCGGUGAUCAUACAGCUUGCAUUAAUGUUAGUAUAUGGGACGAGCCAGGAAAACUAAUAUCUCCAGGAGAUAUAAUUAAGUUAACUAAAGGCUAUGCAUCGAUAUUUCGUCAUUGUUUAACGUUAUAUUCAGGCAAAAAUGGUGACGUGUACAAAAUAGGAGAAUUCUGCAUGACCUUCAAUGAAGCUUUAAAUAUGAGUGAACCAAAAAGGCCGGAACAACAAUCUGUGACUGCGGUGCCGACAGGUCAAAGUGGAUUGGGAGUUGGUUCAUCUCAAAUGACGUCAUGCCCAGGCGCUGGAAUAACUCCAAAUGUCGCUCAACAACCACAAGUGCCAGCAAGUGGGGUAGGUGGUAAUGGGAAUGGUGUAUCUGGUGCGCAAAGAAUAGCUCAACCAAUCGGCGCGGCGGGAGCAGCAAGCGGUAACCAGAUCGUAACAAAACCUGCAAAUAUGCAACAGGUAAAUGCUAGCAAUACACAAAAGUCGGGACAACUGGGCUCGAAUUCAUCUUCUAUUAACACAUCAACUGGAUCAGCACAAACACAACAAACUGCCAAAACUAAUCGCGGUGGGCGCACAAAUGUGACACGCGCCAGUAAUUUAAAAACGGAGAGACGAUGACUUUAAUUCAAAAUAAUAAUUUAGUUUAGGAAAUAAGUUUUUACUAAAUAUAUGAGAAUUAAAGGCAAAAGUGUACAUUUAUGUCUUCUUUUUUCAAUC